AUGAGUAACGUGUUCGACAAGUUGAAGAAGCAGAGGUCGAAAGAAUGCAAGGCGACAGAUUUUUACGAGGUGAAAAACAAGAAUGACGAUAUUUACGAAGUGGUAGACGAAGAAGGAUAUAUUGAAAACAAAAACUCCCUAAAGGACUUCAUCGUUGGAGGUGAGAAGGAUUUUGACUCGAGCGAUGAUGUAAUCGUGGAGGAUAUUAACUAUGGCCUUCUUCGGAAGAAGGUGGCGGCGGCAGCCGAGAAGGAAGUUAAAGCUAAGAGGAACACACCCAUAGACGACUUCAUCCGGGAAAAAAAAAUCCAAAAGAUAUUUUCCACAGGUAAAUUAAGCAAGGAAGAAAUAUCCAAGGCGAAAAAUAUCGAACGGUUGAUGGAUGCCAACUCUUCUUCCAGUGGGAGUGAGUCGGACCACUUCAACAUGAAAAGGAAGACAAGAGAUUCUUACGAAAGAGACCGAAAUAACAAAAAAGGGUGUCACAUCAGACAGAUCAUCCAUAGUAGUAGUAGUAGUAGGCAUACCCAUCUUAAUCAAUUCGGAGGGAGAUCUAUAGUAGAAGCCGAAGGGGGAGGAGUUAUUUCAGGAGGGCGUAAUGACCACCCGGUUGGGGUAUCCCAAAGUAGUGCAUUCCUACAUGGAAAGGGAAAAAAUGGCUUAAACACUUCUUUUCAUGAAAAAGGAACAGAUGAAAAGAUAAAAACGCAAGUGAAGGGAGAGUUCCAAGAAGAAGGUGCUGAGGGAAUCGUUGCAAAGGACGAGGAUGAUGAAGAUGAGGAAGAUAUACAGGGGAGAAGCAAAAAACGGAGACUGCUCACAGGGGAAGAAAACUUAGGAGAUGAUAUUCUAGAAGAGGCUAAGCGGAAAUCGGUGGAUUUUUCAACGCAGAAUUGCAAGGAAGAGGAAGAAGACGAAAAAGGGGGAAAUGAGAAAUGUGUACCUUUGUGGGGUAUCAAACAGGAGAGUAAAUCAGAGAGAAAAACAAAUGAUCAGGGUAGCAUUGUAUCGACACUUGAGAAGAACCACCCCGUAGAGACAUUUCUACAAAUGGGAGAAGAUUAUCCAUCCCUAACGCACAAAAUGAAGAAGGAAUCGAAUGGAAGUAUCUUGGAGGGGGACGAAGAACAGGAAACAAGUCGUCUAAAUGCAGCAACCGGGUUGAAGAACAAAACGGAUGAGCUAGUAAUGAAUGAAGAAACUGGAUUUGUUAAUGUAUACCUCUUCGACAUUUGUAAACACAGAAAUAGUAUUAUCUUAUUCGGGAAAACUAUAACCAAGUCUAAGUUAUACAGAAGCGUAAGCAUAUACAUUGAAGAUAUGUACAGGUGCUACUUCUUCCUGUUGUCGAAAAACAUGAUUUACAAAAGAGAUGGUGUCGAAAUUAGGUUCGGAGACAAGAGUUACAAUACAUGUAUUAUGUCUGACUUUUUAGAGGAAUUUCAAACGGUAAGGAAGUACCACCAUAUUGAGAGCAUCAAGUGUAAAAUCGUCAAACGGAGAAACUUGAAUAUAAGUUCGAAUGAUGAAGAUAUGUAUGCCAAGGUUUUCUACAGCUACAACUGCGAUCCCAUCAGCGAGAAGUUCAUGAAUGGAAGGACCUACUCCUCUUUCUACUGUUGCAAUGAAGACAUCAUCGAGAAUUUUAUCAUUAAGAAGAACAUGAAGCUCCCUUGUUGGGUGAAGGUUAAGGAACUGAAGCUGAACCCUACGAACAAUUUGACCUACUGUUACUUCGACUGCACUACUGUGAACUGGAAGAAUAUAUACCCGGUGGAGAAGCGGCUCGAGGGGAAGGUCUCCCCUGGGGGGGGCAUCUUUAACGGUAGUAACCCUGCCGGUUGGAGUAACCCUAUCGGUGGGAGUAACCCUGCCGGUGGAAGUAACCCUAUCGGUGGGAGUAACCUUAUCAGUGGGAGUAACCCUAUCAGUGGGAGUAACCUUAUCGGUGGGAGUAACCUUAUCGGUGGGAGUAACCUUAUCGGUGGGAGUAACCUUAUCGGUGGGAGUAACCUUAUCGGUGGGAGUAACCCUGCCGGUGUGAGUAACCUUAUCGGUGGGAGUAACCCUGCCGGUGUGAGUAACCUUAUCGGUGGGAGUAACCCUGCCGGUGUGAGUAACCCUAUCGGUGGGAGUAACCUUAUCAGUGGGAGUAACCCUAUCAGUGGGAGUAAUCUGAUUAGCGGUGGAGGCGCUCUGCUACCCACGACAACGCAGGCAAAUACGAACCCCGCGGAGGAAACGCAGAAAAAGGGAGACACCAACACGGGGGGGGGGACAGGUCACCUGACCGAUCUGGAUCUGAACAAAGUUAUCAUCAAAGUGGUAUCACUCCUAAACGAACAGAACCACCACGAGGUUUUCAGUAUCUGUUCCAUGGUGGAGGGACAAGGCAUGAAAUAUAUCAACUUCUGUGGAAUAUCUGCAAAGGCAGGAAAAAAAGCGCUCCUCAUAUACAAUAAGAACAACGCUAAAGUGUUCGACUCGGAGAAGAAUCUACUCGAAUCCUUUCUCCAAAAAUUGAAAACAAUCGACACGGACAUCUAUAUAGGUUACAAUAUUCUGAACUUCGACUUGGAGUUCAUCAUACAUAGAUGCAAUGUCCACAAUUUGAAUGCAGAUUUCCUCAGUAGGAAAAAGAAACUUAGGAAGAACGACCGAAUGAAAGUAAACAAGUUUAAUGGAACAAGUAGCACGGGCUCCAUGUAUAAUAUUAUUCAACAUAUUAAGGGUAGGCUCAUCGUAGACAUUUACUUGCUCUGUAAGGAUUUGAUUAAGCUAACCAGUUACAGUAUGGAUGAAAUCAUCGACAGUGUGAGGAAUAAAUUCCAGGACAGAGGUCGUACGCCCAACUCUACCAACAAAACUAAUUCCUCCUCUUCUGCUACUCCACCCCCAAAUGUAUUUAAGGAUUUCUCCGUGAAUAAUAUCAACUUACUAAACUGUAGCAACAUUCAUCUGUACGAUGCUCAGGAAAUUCUGGAAAAUCACCUCAGCAUGUAUAUACAUAGUCAACUUUUCUCUGUACAAGAAAUAGGAAAUGUAUGCAAGGUAUUGCAAAUUAUUGAAAAGACUAGAGACCUUACCAAACUCAGUGGCUACCUCUGGUCCAGGAGUUUGCUAUGCUACACCAGUGAGAGGAUUGAAUACUUUCUCCUCCAUGAAUAUAAUAGGAAGAAGUUCAUUACCCCUGUGAUUAAGAAGAGAGUUAAAACGAUUGAAAACGAUCAGGGGAAAAGCAAAAAUGCAGCAAAGUAUUCUGGGGGGCUCGUGCUAGAUCCAUUAUGUGGCUACUACGACACGUUCGUUCUUUAUCUAGACUUCAAUAGUCUCUACCCUUCCAUUAUCAUCGAGUACAACGUGUGCUUUAGCACUUUGAAGGGGAAGGGUGCACAGACCGAGGUGGAGGCUACCAAACAGGGGGAAAUUUCCAACGGGGUGGAAUCCCCAAACAGAGCUAGCGCCACAAAGGGGGAUGAUUCCAUUAAGGAGUUGAGCGACCCGGCCGACUCCAUCGACGUGAUGGAUGCAGAACCGGGAGAAGCUGUUGCCCCAAACGAAUCCAUGGAAAUUGACGAUUUCGAUAAAAGCAAGCCGGGUAUCCUACCCUCCAUCCUUAAGAACCUUGUGGAGAAGAGAGCCUUCAUAAAAAAACUAAUUGCAAAUGAGAAGAACAAGGAAAAGAAGGAACUCCUCCUAAUCCAGUCCCUAUCCAUUAAGCUGAUAAGUAAUAGCAUCUACGGGUGUUUGGGAAAUACAAACAACCGUUUUUAUGCUAAACACAUGGCUGCAUUUAUUACACUGAAAGGAAGGAACCUACUCCAACACACCAAGUCCAGGGUGGAGAGGGAAUUUAACUUGAAGGUAAUUUAUGGAGAUACAGAUUCCAUUAUGAUAGACACAGGAAUAAAAGCGCAAGGAGUUAACAAUUACAAGGAAGCCUUUAGAUUAGCCCAUGUCAUUAAAAAUACCAUAAAUAAGAGUUACAAAAAACUUGAACUGGAUCUUGAAUGCAUAUUUAGUAAGCUCCUCCUCCUUAAAAAAAAGAAAUAUGCCUGUGCAAAGGUUAUGGAUGCCAAUAUGGAAAAGUGCGAAUAUGAAAUGAAGGGAAUUAAUUUUAUUAAAAGAGACUUUAGUAAAAUUUCAAAACUUAUUGGAAAUGAGGUCUUGAAGAUAAUUUUCAGUAACAAGGAUGGGCAAGGUUCUGGAAAGGUCACUGACGGAAUGGAUGUUCCUGUGGAAAACGACCUCUCCGAGCAGAUUCACGAGUACCUACGGGGCGUACAUCAGCGGAUCCAGGCGGACGAGUUCGACCUGGACUUCUUCGUGAUCACCAAGAAAUUGACGAAGAACGUGAGCGAGUACCAGGAGAAGAACUCCCUGGGACAUGUCUUGGUGGCGGAGCGAAUGAUGAAGGACGGAUACAACAUCAGCGUGAAUAAGGAGAUCCAAUAUUGUGUGUGCACGAGCGAGGAUGCAUCCAAAUUUUUUAACAAGUCGGGAAACGAAAAGCUGAGCAACUCCCUCUGUUGUUUCAGUGUAAGCGAAAUAAAGAAAUAUAAUAUGAAGGUAGACAAGGAUUACUAUAUUAGGAAUCAGAUACUCUCCCCUAUCGGUCGACUGUGUCAAUAUAUAGAAGGAACGAAUGCAGAAAAGUUGGCCUCCUGUUUUAACAUCUUCGAUGUAAGGGAAAUAAAAACGGACUUCCAGACGGAGGAAAAUUAUCACGAGUCAAAUGUUUUGUCCUUACUAAACCAGUCAGAAGAGAGGUUCAAGGAUAUUCACUUGAAGGGCUACCUCAUUUGCUCUUUCUGUGCACAUAACGUUAAACCGGCCAUCUUCAUAAAAUACUUCCGGUGCAAUAAUUGCCUUAAAUAUUUGUCCAUCGAAAAAAUACGGAAUUAUAUUUUUUCCUUUAUCCAUCAUUUAUUUGCUACCUUCUACAAACAACUCUACGUGUGCAGUAGCUGUUCUGUCAAGACGAGGCGUGUACUUCUUAAUGGGGCGAAGGAUUGCCCAAGCCCCAACUGCGAAAACCCCAAGGGCUCCCUCAAGCCCCUCGUUUCCAAAAAAUACAUCUACCGCAUGCUCGAAUUUUUUCUCUUUUUGCUAAAAGACAACUUGAGGGAAAUUCCGGAGAGCCUUGUCGAGGAGAAGGUUGGCACUGGCACUACGCAAAACCAGGACGGAAACACCACAGUACAAAAGCAAGACACACACACCACUGCACAAAACCAGGACAGACAUACCUCUGCGAACCAACCCGAUGGAACAACCCCAUACGCAACCGACACCUUCGUCUACGUCUGCAUCGAUGAGAAGUUCAAAACGCACAUCUCUACCGACCAAAAACCAAGCAAGAAAAAUAUCAAGGUGGAGGCAUACGACGACAUAUGCAACAGGAAGGAUCUCGGGGUCACCAUAACGAAGGGGCUACAAAUGAAGUACCCAAACACCUCCAACUUUCUCACCUACUUAAAUUUGAAGACAAGUCAGUUCUGCAUUAAUUACAACGAGGAGAGGAACACCAUUCGCCAGUCCUUGAACAGCCUUGUGCGCAACAAUGUGUACGCACAAAUUUACUUCGACAAGGUUUUCUCCAUCUUCCAACAGCCCCUCAGCUCCAAGAUUGUAGAGUUAUAA